UGAAUGAAUAAGAGGCAUACUUGAAGACGAUGAUGAAGCGAAGGUUGUAUAAUAAUAUACGUUUAUAACAUCAGGAAGGGCUUUCCCUCGGUGUUGAUCAACUACAUAGAAGUACAUAGAUGAGAUGAGAUGAGAUGAGAUCUGGGAAUCGGUUGAAAUCGGGUUUAGCUUGGAUCUGGAAAUCUGGCAAUUAAGAAUGGGAGUUGCAGUACCAUCAUCACCCUCACCAUCUCCAUCCGCAGCAGCCGAUCAACAACGUCGGAAUGGCGGUGUCGGUGUCGGAGGAUACAGAGAGAAAGACGCGGAGUCUCUGUUCCGGACAAAGCCGAUAUCCGAGAUCCGAAAUGUGGAGUCGAGCACCAGGAAGCAGAUCCAGGACAAGAGCGAGGAGCUCCGGCAAUUGGUCGGAAAUCGCUACAGAGAUCUCAUCGACUCCGCCGACUCCAUCGUUCUCAUGAAGUCCUCUUGCGAGUCCAUCUCCGCCAAUAUCUCCGCCAUUCACGACGGUAUUCUCCUUUCCCUCUCCUCCGAAUCCACCCCCAAAUUGCUGGCCGCCACGAGCCCUAACCCUGCCCGAGCCAGGAUUUACGGGAUCGCCUCCCGGGUCAAGUACCUGGUCGACACCCCUGAGAACAUUUGGGGCUGUCUCGACGAGUUCAUGUUCCUCGAGGCAGCCGCUAGAUACACCCGUGCCAAGCAGGUUCACCACUGCCUUAUUGACAUUAACAACGACAACACCAUAUUGUCCAAUUUCCCUUUGCUUCAGCAUCAGUGGCAGAUUGUCGAGAGCUUCAAGCUCCAGAUCUCCCAGAGGAGCCGCGAGAGGUUGCUGGAUCACGCCCUUGGCCUCAGCAUUGUCGCCUAUGCCGAUGCUCUUGCUGCUGUUGCCAUCGUAGACGAGCUUCAGCCCAAACAAGUUUUGUCCUUGUUCCUUGACUCCAGAAAGUCGUGCAUUUCUCAGAAAUUACUCAAUUGUUCCACGGCCAAUACUAGUACUAGCUCUGAUGUCAUCUCUGCAUUUUGUCAAGUAUUGAAGAUAAUUCAGGUUAGCUUAGGCCAAAUAGGGGAGUUGUUCUUACAAGUUUUGAGUGAUAUGCCAUUGUUUUAUAAAGUCAUAUUGGGUUCCCCUCCUGCUUCUCAACUGUUUGGCAGUAUACCCAAUCCCGAUGAGGAAGUCAGGUUGUGGAAACUGUUCAGGGAUAAGUUGGAGUCCGUAAUGGUAACGCUUGAACGGGACUUCAUUGCUAAAACCUGCUCUGAUUGGUUGAAGAGUUGUGGCAAAGAGAUUGUUAACAAGAUUAAUGGGAGGUAUUUGAUUGAUUCCAUUGGCAGUGGUCGGGAGCUUGCUUCAGCUGAGAAAUUGAUAAGGGAGACAAUGGACAGUAAGCAAGUGUUGGAGGCUAGUUUGCCGUGGCUAAAAAAUGUCUUUGGUUCUGAAAUUGAAUUGCCAUGGAACAGGAUUCGUGAGCUUGUUAUGGAAGAUGAUGCUGAUCUCUGGGAUGAGAUAUUUGAAGAUGCUUUCGUCCGGAGAAUGAAAGCUAUCAUAGACUUGGGAUAUGAGGACCUGACCAGAAAUGUUAAUGUCACUGAAUCAAUUCAUGCCAUUGCUGAGGCUCCUGGCCAUCGGGUUGAUUUCCAGGCAUACUUGAACAGAUCUUAUUUGGGUGGUGGGGUUUGGUUCAUGGAACAAAAUAGUAAGAAGGCUGGUCCUCUUGCUGGUUCCAGAGCACUGCCUGAGGAGAAUGAUUUAUUUAGCUGUCUCAAUGCCUACUUUGGAGCUCAAGUCAGCCAGAUUAGGGAUGCAGUUGACAGUUGCUGCGAGAGUGUUCUUGAGGAUCUCUUGAGAUUCCUAGAGUCUCCAAAGGCAUCUUUAAGGUUAAAGGAUCUAGCGCCAUAUCUACAAAACAAGUGUUAUCAGAGCAUUUCGGUCAUAUUGAUGGAACUCAAGAAUGAGCUUGAACACUUGUCUGCUGCCCUAGAAAAAGGCAACUCGGAAGGUCAGUCUGUGCCAUCACCAGCUACAAUUGUUGAGAGAUCGCUAUUCAUUGGGCGAGUCUUGUUUUCAUUUCAGAAACACUCAAGACACAUACCAGUGAUACUUGGUUCACCGAGGUUUUGGGUGAGUGAAACUACAGAUGCUGUUUCUGGUAGGUCAGCAUCCUUGUUGAGGCAUUCUAGCAUCACCAUUGAUUCUCCCAUGUCUGAUAGCCCGGGAAAGAAAAGGUUUGAUUUCUCUAAAAGGAAAACCUCGCUACCUACUUCAGCUUUGUUUGGAGUGGAUGAUAAUUCAAGCCCGCAACUUGAGGAACUUACUGACAUGAUACAAGAUCUUAGCAAUAGAGCUUACAACUUGUGGAUAUCAUGGGUUUCUGAUGAGCUUUCAGCAAUUCUCUCCCGUGAUCUAAGACAAGAUGAUGGACUAUCAACUACAAGUCCCUUGAGAGGCUGGGAGGACACUGUAGUCAAGCAAGAGCAAUCUGAUGAGAGCCAAUCAGAGAUGAAAAUAUCACUCCCUGCCAUUCCUUCACUCUAUAUUACCUCAUUUCUAUUCCGUGCAUGUGAGGAAAUUCAUCGAGUUGGGGGUCAUGUUCUUGAUAAGCCAAUUCUGCAAAAGUUUGCAUUGAGAUUGCUGGAAAAGGUUAUUGGUAUAUAUGCGGACUUCCUUUCAACUGCAGAGGCCCGUGAUUCUCAAUUGUCAGAUAAAGGUGUUUUGCAAGUUCUAUUAGACUUCAGAUUUGUGGCUGACGUUCUUUCGGGGGGUGAUUCCAAUACAAUUGAGGAGCUAUCAAAAAAUGUAAAGUCAAAAUUUUCUCUCAGAAGGAAGCAGGAUGUAAACCAGACCAAGUCAGUCAUUAGAGAGCAGGUUGAUAGCUUGGUAAAUCGCCUUUCCCAGAGGCUGGAUCCCAUCGACUGGCUCACGUAUGAGCCAUACCUCUGGGAGAAUGAGAGGCAGUCGUACCUGCGGCAUGCUGUCCUCUACGGGUUCUUUGUUCAACUUAAUCGGAUGUAUACUGAUACUGUGCAGAAGUUACCCACUAACUCCGAAUCAAACAUUCUGAGAUGUUCUACUGUUCCUCGGUUUAAAUACCUUCCUAUCAGUGCUCCUGCAUUGUCUUCAAGGGGGACAACUACAGCAUCUAUUUCAACUUCUAGGGAUGAUGUUUCUUCAAGAAGCUCCUGGAAAAGUUAUACAAAUGAAGAACUCUCUCGAAAUAUUGAUAUUGAUGACGACUCAAGUUUUGGGGUGGCUGCUCCUUUCUUAAAGUCUUUCAUGCAGGUGGGUAGCAGAUUUGGAGAGAGCACACUAAAGCUGGGAUCCAUGCUAACAGAUGGGCAAGUUGGGAGGUUCAAAGACAAGUCAGCGGCUGCCAUGUCGACAUUCGGUGACAUUCUACCUGUCCAAGCUGCAGGUCUCCUUUCGUCCUUCACAGCUUCCAGAUCAGAUUCUUGAUUACCCGUCCACUGACUCCUGCAUUCAGUUUUGUCGUCAAAGAGAGAUGCAUCUUUGUAGUUAAGUGAAAUGAAGCUAGGAGAAAUUCCUACAAAUCUGGAGACGCUGUUGACUGGAUCACACACACUGUUUAAAGCAAGGGGACAAGAUAUAUUUGUUUUUUAUACAAUAGGGGAGAAUUUGGAGCAGUCGAAAGUACUUUGGGGGUUGAUGAUGUCUGCAAAUAGAUUAAUUUCAGUUGUAGGAUAUAUAUUAUUUUGUUUUUCAAAAUUUGCUGUAAAAUUAAAGAAUGGAAGAAGAUUGAAGGGAAUUAAUUCAUGGAGACAUAAAGUAAGAAGAUAUUGUGUUUGCCGGUCUAUAUUUUAUGGGGACGGCUAAUUCAAAUAUAUAGGACCAGAUGAAUUUUUCUGGCUGUGACGGAUUUAAA